AUGAGCAAACCAGAUUCAGGCAAAGGAAACACUUCUGCGCGCCAACAGGCACGUGUGGAACGAAUCUUGCAGAAUCGGCUUUAUACCAGUCUUGGAAUCACCGAUGCGACUGUUCAGGCUUCGAUCAACGCACUUCUCCGAGAAAUUUACGAUGCUGGUGUCGGAGAUCUUCGAUCGAGCGUUCGUCGAGAGUUGGUGCGGCAAGAAAUCAGAGAUCGGAUGGAUCGGAUGCCUGAUGCAAUCCAAAAUCACACUCUAGCUCGGCAGGCCGUCGUGGAGAAUCUGUAUCAGAUUUUCAAAAGCCUACAGUCUCGAUGGCACAAGGAGCGCACUUCUACUGCAAAUGACAAGACGCUAGACUCGACAACAAUCACCAAAGAACCGACCAUCAAACAAUCGACCACCCAACAACCGACCACCAAAAAACCGAUCCCCAAACGAUCGUCUGCGACACAGCAAACUCAGACGCAAGAGCCGGCGGCUCCCACAACUCCGAAUGAGCUUUUUGAUUACUUGCGUCCCGCAGUUGUACCUGAUGCUGAUGUACAGAUCAUUGUUCACGACAGACCCGCCCAGCCGUUGCCUAUUCGACUUAGCGAUCUUAUGCAAAAUGCAAACGACCCGGUGAACCGGAGCCGUAACGGUGACUGGAUCAAUGCCCUUUCUCUCCGACUCGGCAACCUGCGACAAGGCCUUGCAAGUGAGGGAUUUGUGGAUGAGGGUUCAGCACUUUGGUGGAGCCCUCAUGCCCUAGAAACACUUGAUCCUACGACGCUGGCAACUCCACAGGACGGUGAGACGCGCUUGAGCUCGUUGAACUUGGUCUCGACUUUGAUCCGAACCAUCACUCUGUUUUACCCUCAGUAUCGAACACCGGCACCUCAAGACAGUCAGUCCAGCGCUCUAGCGAGACCCAGUUUCACCAUCAUCGUGAGACCUCAAGAAGUCAAUGGUGGUGUACUGGGGUUGCAGCAACCUGGCGUUGCUCGACUGGGUAGUCUGGAAAGGGUCACCAAGAUCAUCAAAUCUACCAGCAAGGUACCUUCAUCUCGCUGGACGCCUUACCCAAGCAGGGCGCCCGAUACUAAAACAGUCGACAGACUCGACACAGGUCGUAAAUCAGGCCUUCAACCGCGCUCGUCUCUCUUUUGCAAGGCUCCUCCUUCCGGCCUAAAUACUGCGCCGGGUAACAAAGCCCCUCCUGCUUUUAAAUCCUCUCUAUUCUCUGCCAAAACUGCAAAUCCACCGCAGUCAAGGAAAAUUCCUCCUGCCAUCAAGUCCUCUCUGUUUCCAUUCCCAAUCGCAAGCUCUCCCUCUGGUAAUAAAGUCCCACCUCCAUUCAAGUCUUCUCUGUUCUCAUCCAGAACACCCGAUAUAUCGAAGCAAGCUCAUCAAACCCAGACUUCGAUUCCUCGUCCGGACGCUCGUGUCCAAAAUCCCUUCAAAAGCUCCGCAUGGAACCCUAAAGUGCCGCAAAGUACGACAAAGGUCUCGAACGCACCUGCAACCCAAGGACCGACUUCUAUUCUACCAGGACCGAGCGGUAUGAACCUCAAAUCACUUGAACCGACGAAUAGCCUGAAUGACACGCAGCAGUUACACAACGCCCUCGCUACGCCUCGAUAUCAAACAACGGUUUCUCCGCCUCGCCCGCUCCAAAGCUCUAUAGACGUGACUCGGAAGCGAGCUGUCGCGCAUGAACAACAGAAUCAAGUGAACAACGGAGAGCAAUCCACGGCUCUACAACGUAUGCCAGAGGCUACGGUCUCUAACUGUUUCACAGAUCAAGAGCGGCCGCUGGGAAUAACCGCAAAUGUUUUUGGAAAUGCUACCCAGGAACGAUCUCGCCGGCUGUUUCUGAGCCGCGAGGAUGUUUUCGGGCCGAUAGGUCGGGCUUGGGUUGGAGUGCCCGAGCAGCAGAUGCCACCUGUAGUCCAGAGAGAGAUUGCGAGUCGGCGAGUGUCCGCUGAGAUCACCCAGGGGACUGAGAGACUGGUACUUGCCGGUCUGCCUGAUUCCGCUCCCAAGAUUCCCAGGCCUCCGGUGGUCAUUCCCAAGCAGCUCAAAGUCCCAAUCACAGAUGAUCAGCGAAUCCGGACGCGGCGUGAGAGACGCCGCCGAUUCUCCGAGUAUCGGUCCCGAGCCGACCGAUCAUCAUCACCCGACAGCCAGGAUUCCCCCCGCAAGAAAAGACGACUGACUUCAGAUGCCGCUUCAAGCGGUUCUAGUCCCUCACUUGCGCGGAAAGCGCCUCGAGGUGUGAGGAGCCUGCCAAACUCAGGGGAGCGAACAACCACUUUGGAGAUUGGAAGGGUAACGGCUGACUUGAGUCGACUCAGUACCGAGCCACCGCCAUCGCCCAAGACAAAGCGUCGGCUGUCUAGCUGCAACGCAAAUUAA